AUGGCAUCUGCAGAUCCAAAUAUGUUUGCGCUGCUUCGUGAAGAUGUGAAGUGCGCCAUCUGUCUAGAACAGCUCACAAAGCCACGUUUGCUCAUAUGUGUUCACAGUUUCUGUGAGAAGUGCCUGGAGACAUAUUAUAAAGAAAAACAGUCUAGCGUUGGAAAGAUCGCAUGUCCGAUAUGUGACGAAGAGACCAUUCUAAGCGACGCGGGAAUAUUAGGCCUUAGGCAUGACUUUCGCGCCAUGACACUGAUGAAACGACUGGAGAAAGAGAAGCCAAAGCAACAGCAGAAGACGGAGAGAGUGAUUAACAAACUUUGUGAGGUUUGCGGUAACAUUGAUUCAGAUUCGGCAUCACCCUUCUUCAACUGCACCGAGUGCAAGAUAGCUUUAUGCAUGGCAUGUAGUAAGAAGCAUCACCACCCCUGUAGUGCAGACACCUCAAGCAGAACCAAUGUCGCCGAGAUGAAUCUGGAGAAGGAUGAUGAUGCAAAUGGGACGAUCCUUUGUGAGAAACAUGGAGGGAAGAAGAAAGAGUUGUUUUGUACAUUUUGUCUCUUUCCGGUCUGUCAGGUGUGUUCUAUCUAUGACCAUCGUCUUCAGGAAAACCAUAAGUGUGUCAAGGUUGAAGAUUUUGUCCCGAUGAUGCGAGAGGAAAUACAAUCACGAAUGUCAAGACUGGAUCAAGUGGGCGAACAAUGUGCGGCCAUUAUUUCCAUGAUUGAGGAAGCCGAGAACCUGACCAAGAAACAGAAAGAUGUCCUUGAUAAGCAGAUUGAAGACUAUAUUGAUGAAUACACCCAUUGUGUGAAAACGGAUCUGAAAGUUAAGAAUGAAAAAUUCUUCGAAUUACGGAAUCAAACACUGAAUCAAUGGCAGAAGAUAAUAGAAGAUCGUACAAAAAUCAUAGAGACAAUUCAGUUGAAGGUGUAUGAGACGCUAGAUCAGAAUGAGAACCACAGUCUAAUUGCUAUCUUAUAUAACGGUCUUCUGAAAUCCCUUGACAGCCUUCUCUCGAAAGCGCCAGAGAAAUAUAUUCGCAAAACGAUCAAGAAAGUCAUGGACGAAAGACAGCUUCAUUUCAGAUUGACGGACAACGAGUCUGUAAUUGAAGCUAAUUUGUUCACCAACCGUACGGUACAUGAGAGAAAGAGCAUCGACAUAGUGUUGCCGGAGCAGCCUUAUUGCAAUGACCUGAAGGCCGUGACAUUUACUCGUGAUGGGAGAGUAGCUAUUUUAAAAGUAGUAAACCAAUCUGAAAUUUAUUACCCUAUUGACAUAAUACAAACUACAGCUUCCUCAAAAGUGGCUACUAAAUUUGGCAUAGAGACAAUAACCGAGGACGCCACUACGUCUGUAUCGGCUUUUGCAUCGCUCUCAGACCUGAGGUUCGUGUUGGAUAAAUAUGAAGACUGUCGUAAAGUCCAUGGAGAUGUAUUCCAUGUCAGGGAAUUACCUGGACGCAUAUCGGACAUGGCUACGGACCUCAAAGAUAACAUUUACUGCAGUGUUCCAAGCUGCAAAAAGAUAUAUGUCGUACGUAGUGAUGGGCCCCAAACCAAGUCGAUCCCAACAGGCAACCUUGCGCCAAAACGCAUUGCAAUUUGUCCACGGAGUCCGAACCAGAUCAUAUUCACCCACGGCUCAACUAAGGUCUCAGUCGUUGACUGGAGUGGAAAGCUUCUGAAGACCAUCACCCGUCCUGAAUGGAAAGAAGUUGCCAUCGGAUGCGACAACAACAAUAUACUCUAUGUCCUCUGGAAGAACGAGGCAAAGUUGAUAACUUUGCAAAGGUUCUAUUUGAAUGGAGACCCACUGGAUACCCUCUUGCAAGGAGAAGCGCAUAGUUGUUCCAGGCUUCUCUUAGCGGUAUCACCCAGUGGAACUGCAGCUGUUGUCACCGGCGCGGGCAGUAACUGCAAGGUGACGCUGAUUUCGACUAUGCGAGAAUUCACAGGCGACGAAAGCUCCUUGCCUAAAUAA